CAAUUUUACGAUACUGUGCGGAAAGCUUAUCGAUGUAGAAUUUGUUUUGUUGGACAAUAAAACGGUUUUACAACUCUUACAAAAUAUAACGCUGGCGUGAACGAGGAAAUGGAUUCAGUUAGUUUUGUUAUAUUAACACUGGUUUUAUGUACAAUUUGGGAUCCGCAUCGCACGAAAUCGGCGUUUGCUAAGUCCAUGUUACGUGGACUUGACUUGAAGAUUUUAAAAGACAGAAUAGGUAAAAACAUAGUGGUAUCAUCGUUUGCUUUUCGGCUGCCUCUUUGCAAACUAGCAGCAGCCGCUUCAACUACCACUAGACACGAAAUUAUAUCGAUACUGGAUAUCUCCGCACUCAGCGAGACUAAAACCUGUUUCUCGAGCUUGUUUCCCUCUAUAUCACGCGUAUUGGAGACAGAUUUAACCAUGCUGAAUAAGAUUUACGUAAACUACACAGAUGAGAUAGACGAUCAAUUUAUUCUGGGCUCCCAGUCUUAUGGCGUGACGGUGUCCAAGAUAGGUUUCAAUUAUCGUAAAGAUGCUGUUGCUUACGUCGAUCGAGAAUUCCGUUCUAAAACAUACAUGCGUAUACAAGAUGUCCUCGACUUAAACGAUAUCGACGAAAAGUCUUCUAUAUUGAUUGUUAAUGGAUUUCAUUAUAAGGCCACCUGGGAAUCCGUCUUCGAUCGCUCUUCGACGAAUAGCAAGCAAUUUCGUAGUGGAAACAAGAAUUUGAAGAUAGAAAUGAUGCAAAAAACGACAGAAAGUUUGUUUUAUAGCGAUCCUAAUGCUAAAUUUAAGGCUAUUGCCUUACAUCUAUCUCAAUAUGAUGUGGUCAUGACGUUUGUGUUGCCGUACCGCAAUUCGAGCAUUAUCCAGCUUCUAAACACUAUGUCAGCAAAUCCAGACUUUAUUGAUAUAUUGAACAAGAGAAUGGAAUGGAAAGUCGUUAACAUAGCUCUUCCGAAAUUCAAAGUGAAGUCGUGCUUGGAUUGGACGCCUUAUUUGAAGCAGAUCGGUCUCAAUCUGACAACUCACAUGGAAAACACUGGCCUGAAUGGUAUCUUGAAAGAUGAAGAUAAUGGACCCAACAUGUACGUUAGUAAGGCGAAGCAAAAAUUAUUCGUAGAAAUCGACGAGAGUCCUAGGCGUAAUAAGCCAGCGGGCCUUGUCGAAACGCCGCAAGUCAGACCUGAAUUAUAUCAGCCAGAAGAAUCUCCCGUACAUCUAGAAGAUUUUACAGUUGACGGUCCGUUCUUCUUCUCUGUCACUAUGAGCAUCUAUCAAACGAAGAGGAAACGGUUAAAAAAAUAUCAAUUGCUUAACGGAAUUUACUAUGGCCCGGAGUGACAUA